UAUACCUACUUAUCACGACCGUAGCCCGUGUCUCGUUUUGACAACCAUCUGUCUCUAGAAGACGUUCCUCGAUUCUUCUAGAAAGGUGCGAAUAAACUCUUGGAAAUGUCUGAAAAACGAAUGUCUAGCAGUAAAAAACACAGCCUGAAGGGCUUGAUGCUCCAGGUUGCAAAAGAGUUACUGGAUGCAGAGGAGAUUGAGAAGAAAGAGGAGAGGAAGCGAUACAUGGAAGAACAUUGCCCUACGUUGUCAAACCCAAGCUCCAAACAAGAACUACAGGAGCUCUGCAAAGAGUUACAUGCAAAAAUCGAAGCUGUUGAUGAGGAGAGAUAUAUUUUAGAGCACAAAGCCAUCAUGGUUGUCAAUGAGGUUAAAGACUUAAACAUCAAGAUCGUCGACCUGAAGGGUAAGUUCAAGAAGCCUCCUUUGAAGAAAGUGCGCAUGUCUGCUGACGCUAUGCUUCAAGCUCUGUUGGGAUCCAAGCACAAGGUCUCCAUGGACCUGAGAGCCAACCUCAAACAAGUCAAGAAGGAGGUCAAAGAGGAGGUGCGUACAACAGAUGACCACAUUUUUACAUGA